AUAAUAUAGUGCUAUUAUUAUGUAUAAAAAUCGCACUAUACAAACAAGACAUUCGGCUCGUUGCGUUAUCACAAUGAUGUUUGUUUAGUGAAGGUAGUUAUAUUAAUAAUACAUGUCCGUGCCACAUCUAAAUAAAGAACUGAAUUAAUAUUACCAUUGGUGGCGAAAAAUUCGACAUGCAUUACAAUUAACCACGCACAAAUAACAUUUCAUGCAUGUUUUAAAUGUUGAAAACAAUACAGCUAUAAGGAGACUGCGGACUGGAGUGUGUACAUAGAUACCAGUGAUCUCGGUAUGAUUCGGAGAGGCAUCACUAACUUACGUUACAGUUGUUACAGUUUAGUGAGUAAUAGGUUAUCAACAAGAUUAGUGUUUUCAGCUAGAUGUUGUAGUAAUAAAGAUAAUGACAGAACAUCAGUUGGAAAUGCCAAAAGCAAUGAGAGAGAGACAACCUCACCGUUUUCUACUUUGGAGAAAUAUAAAAUAUUUAAAGAUGAAGAUUCUCCUGUAAUAUUUGAUAUUGUUGAAGAGAGAUUCAAAACUCUUCAAUAUGAUCCUGAAACACAGGAUGGGUAUCAAGGCCUCAAUCUUGAAAGAGGAAAGGACGGUGUCUUUGAUAUUGAACAUUUAGUAGAUCUGUUGCAACAAGAACAAGCACAACAUAUUUUUGUUUUGAAGAUACCUGAAGAAGUCCGGUAUGUGAAUUAUUUAGUAAUUGUUUCUGGAAAGUCUGUAAGGCAUAUGAUUGCUUUGGCUGAAUUUGUGAAAUUGGUUUACAAAAAGAAAAGGAAUGAUUCAGAUCGAAUUCCAAAAGUAGAGGGUGAAGAUUCAAGUCAUUGGAUUGCUAUGGAUCUGGGGAACAUUGCACUUCAUAUCUUCUCGGCUACCGCUCGUAAGACUUAUGAUUUGGAGUCUCUAUGGUCCGUGGGGGCAGAGUAUGAUGAGCUGAGUCGGAAACCGGAAGAUCCUGUUUUGGAAAUUCUUCAGAAACAUUCUGUCUAUUUGAGAGAUUUGGAACCAGCUAAUAGUGGAGAAUAAUUGUUGUUUGUUUUUGUUGUUGGGUUGUUUUUUUCAAUUGUGUUUAUUGUGACAGUGUUAUUCUGAAAGUGUUCAUUCAGUCCUGAAAUUACAAAGCGGAAGAUGAGAUGAUGAAAAUCAUUUUCUAAUUCUCAGAACUCUGUAUUGUUAUUGGAAAGAAAAUGAAAAUAUUUUUGUAAAUUGUGAAUAUUGUGCAAUUAUUAAUCACCAUUAAGAUUCUUACUCUUUUUCCACUAAUUUCCUCUACAAAAACUAUUUUCAAAUAGGCUAUUCAGAAAGGAUGUGUGAAUGACAGUUGAAUUAUUCAUUGAAGUACCUAUUAUGUUCACAAAACCUGUGAAAUCGGACAGUUUAUUAUUAUCAUUAUUACUAUUUUUUUCUUUGCCAUUGAGAUUUGUUUUAAAAGCGUAUUUAUUAAAAUAUUUUUAACUUUAUAUGUUUGUUUUGCUGAUUGAUAUUAAUUUUACAAUACAUACAAUGGAGAAGGGAUGGGCUAUGAAAAAUUUAAUCACUUGCUUCUCAUCCUGUAUGUUGGACGAAGAAUAUCUUAGAAUGUCAGUUCGAGUCAGAUUGAGAAGUAACUUGGAGCAGGUAUUUGUUAAUUAUUUCUGUAUUAUCAUUACAAUUAUUACUACUAAAAAACAGUUACAUAUCAAAUACACACAGUUACAUUCUUAAUUGUUGGUUUAAUUUCAUUACUUCUUCUUUCUAAUUAAACUAAUAUAAUAAUAAUUUAAAUAUCUACACAUUCAAACUACACUCAGGUAAAUAAAUGAAAAUUAGAGCAUCUUCACAACAGAGUGAAUUAAUAAAAUCUAAAUGUAGUUUUAAUAUCAUGGUGUUGAAAAUUCUGGAAAUUAAUGAAGAAACUGAGAAUUCACCACACAGUCCAGAAAUAUUGAAAAUUGUCAGUAGACAUUACUAAUUGAGAAACUUAUUUCUUACAUAAUAUUGCAAUAUUUAUGUCAACAUGAAAGAAAAUUUAAAAUAAAUAAUGUAUUAAUAAAAAUUUGCAAGUAUUAUAAGAAUUUGAAGUUCGCAAAUUUUAAUCAAUGAACCGAUGAAAAUCGAGUCUGUCAGCAAGACGUUCAAAUUAAAUUACAAUUGUACAUGAGGAACUAUUCAAAUCUUUGUUUCUUUUCAAUCAUUAUUAUUAGUGUAAUUAUACAAAGAUUGCCAAAAAUAAUAUUCUG